AUUAGAUUUGAUGUCUUUUUUUUAUUGUAACCUGUUUUUUUGCAGUUUUUUACUAUGGGCGAACGUUCAUCAAGUGGACCCUGGUUCUGUAGGGUAAUGAAUCGAGCAGACCAACUUAUUCUGUCCAUUCCGGAUGAUGCGGCUUCCAAACUGUGGGGUGUUGACAAAUGCCCUACUAAUGUUAUGAUACACAGUGAAGAUGGUCGUGACUUUAAUGUUUUCUUAAGCGCGUCUAAAGGGAAGUUUUUUUUCUUUCGUGGUUGGUCCAAUGUUGUUGAACACUUGGGACUAACUCAGGGAUGUUUGGUAGUAUUUAAUCCUUUAGAUCAUGCUACGUUUAAGUUAAUGACUUACAAAGAUGGUGUUAGUCGUGGGUCUUUCUGGACAUAUAUGCAACCUCCAUCAUGCAAUUUUUAUGUCAUUCCUGAAUGUAUUUUCCCCAAAAGUUACGAUUUUUCGUCAAAUGAUGUAAUCUCUACGGUUAUGAUCGACAACCAAAUGUUUAACGUUUCCAUUUUAACUAAUGACGGCAAAGUCGGUUUUUCCGCUGGUAUGGAUGUAAUUAUUAGUAUGUUUCAGUUGGAGGUUGGUUGUUAUUUCUUAUUCACCAAAGGAUUUGGACAUUUUUUCUAUAUGAAAGUCUUUGGAAAAACCGGGGUUGAAAUCACAUAUCCUAAAUUACAUGUUGAUGAGAUUGAGGUUGCUCCAAUAGAUGUUGACAAUGAAGUUGAAGAACAAGUACAUGGUGGUGUUAUUCGGUUUGUUCGUACUGCCGGUGAUGAUUAUUUUAGAAUUCCUAAUCCUGUUUCACAUAUGGCUAAGCUUCAUGAAGGGUUAAAAGAUUUGACCAUAAAAUUUUUGCAUCUGGACCCGCCACAGCAGAUUACUAACGGUACCAGACGUGAAAGAAGACCCAAUCGUCGUGGUUAUCGUUACGCUUUAACCUCUUGGAAGAAGUUCAUGAAAGCUGCUCAAAUUAAGGCCCGUGACCAGAAAUGGAAGAAGGUGCAAUCACAUUGUUGAAUAAUUUGGACCUCAAUGUUGAUAACUAUACCAUAAGAAUACGCAUUGUUCGUUUGUGGACAAGAGCUGAUUUCAAUAACGCUAGAAAAGUGUAUUGUUAUGAUAUGAUAUUCAUGGACAGUGAGGGAACAAAAAUGCAAGCUUUUGUUUUGGCUAAAAAUGCAGCUGGAUAUCAACAUCUUUUGGAAGAAAAGCGUUGUUUGACUAUUAGAAAUCCUUCAUUGGGUGAGAAUC